AUGGCUGAAACGGUCUACGCCAACUACCGCCUACAUGCGGCGGGAAAAAACCGCCUAGACCAGGUCCCUCCGUCCAUGAAGUUCUAUCCCCUCCGUGAUCUCAGCUGGGACAACCCCUCCUCCACCUUUUCCCACCCAUUAUCCCCCAGUGCAGCCACCCUAGUGGCCACAAAGGUCCGCAUCGGCCCGCUCCCUACACUCACCACUCCCGAGGACAUUCUCGCGGCAGUACAUCAGAUGCCAGCCCCAGUCCAGUCCACGGACCUUGGCCCACACAUACACCGGGUACUCUCCUCCUAUGUGGGCCAACACAUUGUCCAGGCUACUGCCCCACUUCAACAGGAAGUGGAUACCCUCCGAGCCGACAAGGAAGCCCUCACAGCCUUAGUCUCUGCUACCAGGGCCGCUUUCAACACCCUCGAUGCGCGCCUCCUGGAGGAACGCCGCCUCCGUGAGGCUGCAGACCACCAACAAACCGAGGACCAGCGCACGUUGACGGAGGCACAAAACCGCCUGCAAACCACCGUCUCGCAGCAGGGCACACACCGAGAGGCCAUGACCAAACGCCUCCCCAUCAUCGAAUCCAGUCUCCGCACCCUUAUACAAGCCAUGCAGAGCGCCUCCACCCAACUCACUGGCCUCGCUGCACUCGGAACCCCUCCGGCCCACUUACCAGCCGCGUACCCCACCCAGCCUCCGCAGAUGUCCUCCGACGACACUCCCAACAGCACCUUCCCACCGGACCACCUAGCCGGGCCAGACCACUCCACGGGGACAGAUCCAAAUGACACCAUAGGGUCAAACUAA